AUGGUCAGCGUCAAGCGCCGACGAGAUGACGCCGAAGAUGAAGGGACACCACGCAAGCUGCGCGCCCGCAUUGCCGACGAAGAUGCCACCACCACCGACUCGGACACCUUCGAGGCGCAGACGCCGUCGCGACGGGCCAGGAACCAGCAUCUCGCGGACCUUGGUACGCCCAAGUCCAUACUGAAGAAGACUGGCACAGGCAACGGCGCCAAUGCUGCCAGCGCUGACCACGGCGCGACGCCCAAGUCGAGCCGAAAGCUGCUGUUCGCGACACCCACCAAAUCUGUGAACGGAGACGCACCUGCCGGCACACCGACCAUUGUUCGCAACGCCGACCGCAGCGCCAGACGGAAGAGCAAUCGGCAGAUACUCGAACGCACACUCAACGGCGGAGAAGGCGAUGAAGAGGUGCUUAAUGAGGAGAAUAGCUUAGCAGAGCAGAUCCUUGAAGAGGAAGAUGCUGUGGUGACUGCAGAAGAGCAGACACAAGAGGAGGUGCCUGUACCGGAGACGCCACUAAAGCGUGGCAGGGGGCGCCCAAAAGGAUCAGGGAAGAAGAAGCCGAAGUCUCCCACACCGCCGACAGAGCUACCAUCGCACGAGGAGUAUUUCUGGCAGAACCGGCCGGGUGGGCUGAAGACAUCAAACAACACUCUCUCUGCUCAAAGUCUGCUCAGCCACGAUGAGUACUUUCAAGCAAUGUCAAGCUACCGGAAUUCUCACAGGUCUGAAAUGGAGCUCUUGGUGGAGCUGCACAGUCGUGCCUUUGAUCAGUGGAUGUUUGAGCUCGACGAAGGCUUCAACGUCUGCUUGUACGGUUACGGAUCGAAACGCUCUAUCACCGACAGCUUUGUGACACAUCUUUAUCGCCAUUUGUCGGAGAUGACGCCCUACGACGGAUCGAUAAAGACUCCUAAGAUUGCUGUAAUCAACGGCUAUGCUGCAGGAACCACUUUGAAGGAAAUCUUGACGACAAUUGCAUCAAUUGCUGUACCAACCACCAUCAAGCUACCGAACCAACCAGCUGUGCUGCUUGACUUUGUGCUCGAACACUUGUCGACCUUUCCACCUCCUCACCCUGUGCCCGUCGUCCUGAACUCCAUCGAUUCGCCAUAUCUGCGCAAGUCUCCGGUGCCGUCCAUGCUGGCGCGACUUGCAGCGCAUUCGUCAAUCAACCUUUUGUGUACAGCCGAUACGCCUAGCUUCCCUCUGCUGUGGGAUGUGGGGCUCAAGACGCAGUAUAAAUUCCUAUUUCAUGAUGCCACAACCUUUGCACCCUACGAUGCCGAGAUAGACGUCGUCGAAACGGUGAAUGAGCUGCUCGGCCGCAGUGGCCGUCGCGUGGGUGGCCGAGAUGGUGUGGGCUUCGUCUUGCGCUCGUUGCCCGAAAACGCACGAUCACUGUAUCGCAUCCUUGUGAUGGAACAACUCACGGUGGAUAUGAUGGAGCAAGGUCUCGAUGACGAGGAUGAGGCUACUGCAACGCCGAGGAACAAGAAGGUCACACAAGCGAAGGCCGUUGUUCCUGAGUCCAAUCAGGGCGUCGAGUACCGCGUUCUCUACCACAAAGCCGUGCAAGAAUUUGUCUGCUCCAGCGAAGUCGGAUUCAGAACCUUGUUAAAAGAGUUCCACGACCAUCAGAUGAUCGAAAGCCGGAAGGAUGCCAUGGGCACAGAAAGACUAUGGGUACCUUUCAGGCAGGACGAAUUGGAGGGCUUGGCAGAAGAUCUUGCGAGUGAUGCGUUUUGA